GCGCGCGGAAGUUCCCCGCCCCGCCCGUAAGAGUUGAGGUUUGACCAGAGCAAGUGAGAAUCCUGCCAACGUUCCAGUUGUGCACUGCUCCUCCUGCUGUCGGUGCAGGUGUGAUUCUUGGGACUCAGGCGAACUGAGAAUUUAGUGGGAAUUCUUUCUCAUAAAUAAAAGAUGGACCACACAUCCCCAACCUACAUGCUUGCUAAUUUAACCCACUUACAUUCUGAGCAACUUCUUCAGGGCUUGAAUCUUCUUCGUCAGCAUCACGAACUCUGUGACAUCAUUCUUCGUGUAGGUGAUGUUAAAAUUCAUGCUCACAAAGUGGUACUUGCCAGCAUCAGCCCAUAUUUCAAAGCGAUGUUCACUGGAAAUCUCUCGGAAAAAGAGAACAGUGAGGUUGAAUUUCAGUGCGUUGAUGAGACUGCCCUCCAGGCCAUUGUGGAGUAUGCCUAUACAGGGACUGUUUUUAUUUCUCAGGACACAGUUGAAUCUCUUCUUCCAGCAGCAAACCUACUCCAAAUAAAGCUUGUCCUGAAAGAAUGUUGUGCGUUUCUCGAAAGCCAGCUUGAUCCUGGUAAUUGCAUUGGAAUUUCUCGUUUUGCAGAGACAUAUGGUUGUCACGACCUUUAUUUGGCAGCCACCAAAUAUAUAUGCCAGAAUUUUGAAGCUGUUUGUCAGACCGAAGAGUUUUUUGAGCUUCCACAUGCUGAUUUGGAUGAAAUUGUUUCCAAUGACUGUUUGAAUGUAGCUACCGAAGAGACUGUUUUUUACGCAUUGGAGUCUUGGAUCAAGUAUGAUGUACAAGAACGCCAGAAAUACUUAGCACGGCUCCUAAACAGUGUACGGUUACCAUUGCUGAGUGUUAAGUUUCUCACAAGGCUGUACGAAGCAAAUCAUCUUAUUCGUGAUGAUCAUACUUGUAAACAUCUUUUGAAUGAGGCGCUAAAGUACCACUUUAUGCCUGAACACAGACUCUCUCAUCAGACAAUCUUGGUAACACGACCUCGCUGUGCCCCCAAAGUACUUUGUGCAGUAGGAGGAAAAUCUGGACUCUUUGCCUGUUUGGAUAGUGUGGAGAUGUACUUUCCUCAGAAUGACUCUUGGAUUGGUUUGGCACCCCUAAACAUUCCACGCUAUGAAUUUGGAAUAUGUGUUUUAGACCAAAAAGUAUAUGUUAUAGGUGGUAUUGAAACUAACGUGCGUCCUGGUGACACUAUCAGAAAACAUGAAAAUUCAGUAGAAUGCUGGAAUCCUGAUACAAAUAUCUGGACUUCUCUAGAGAGAAUGAAUGAGAGCCGAAGUACCCUCGGAGUAGUAGUACUUGCAGGAGAACUUUAUGCUUUAGGUGGAUAUGAUGGACAAUCUUAUUUACAAUCUGUAGAGAAAUAUAUUCCCAAAAUAAGAAAAUGGCAACCAGUGGCACCAAUGACUACAACAAGAAGUUGCUUUGCUGCGGCUGUGUUGGAUGGGAUGAUAUAUGCCAUUGGAGGGUAUGGUCCUGCUCACAUGAACAGUGUGGAGCGUUAUGAUCCCAGUAAGGACUCCUGGGAGAUGGUUGCAUCCAUGGCAGAUAAAAGGAUUCACUUUGGUGUGGGUGUUAUGCUAGGCUUUAUUUUUGUCGUGGGUGGACAUAAUGGUGUCUCACAUUUGUCAAGCAUUGAACGAUACGACCCUCAUCAAAAUCAGUGGACUGUGUGCAGACCAAUGAAAGAGCCCAGAACAGGAGUCGGUGCUGCAGUAAUUGAUAACUAUCUGUAUGUGGUUGGUGGUCACUCAGGGUCUUCCUAUCUGAACGCAGUGCAGAAGUAUGACCCAAUCUCAGACACAUGGCUGGAUUCAGCAGGCAUGAUCUAUUGUCGCUGCAAUUUUGGAUUGACUGCACUUUGACAAGUGUGGAUUCUUGAAAAUAGCAUGGUGGUGAAACUUGUGACCCAUGAAAGGAUGCUUGGUUUUCUAAAAGCUGCAUUGCUUUUUUGUAUCUUCAGGUGGCAUGAAGACUCACAGUUCGUAGGGUACUUUGAAUUAACAAGUAGUUUUGGUUGCUCUUCAUUAUGCAGUAAAUCCAUAAUAAUAAUAAUAAAAAAGACCUUACCAAUUGAAUUGUGCACUUUUCCCACCAAGACUGCAAUAGUUCUUAAAUGUACAUGUGGACAAAACCUUGCUGCUUUUCUUCUUUUGAUUUGAGCUCUCCCUCCUUGACAUGUAUUAUGAUUUACUAGGAUGAGAGAAGCUUUAGAACUAUGAAGUAUAUUGAAUGACUGGACAGAUUGCUUAUACUGCUUGUCAAAUAUAAAUUCAUAUGCUUUACAUUUCUUAAAACAAAGGGCUGCUUUUACUUUUGGUACUUCUAAAGAUUGUAAAUAACGUGCCCUAGUGAGUCAUCUGUGUACUCUUCCUGCUGAAUAGUUUUAGGACUGGUGGUAUAAUAAGUCUGCAAGACAGUUGCUUUGAUUAUCAUAUUUGGGGCCCUAUUUUAAGAAGUCAGCUAUUUACUAUUUAUGCCUUUUAUAUAUAUGGGCAGGCUAAUGCUGCAUAGAUUGAGUUACUCAUCUAUGCCAUGGUAAUUAUGGAUAAAAGGAGUUAAUCAUGUCAGUUACUUCAGUUUUUUCUUAGUAGUACAGCAGGCUUCCCAGUGUUGAUGUAAAUAUUCAAAGUGUUUAGUACUUUAAUGCACAUUGAUUUUUUUCAUAUAUCCUCAUAAUAAUUUUAGCUUUAAGAUCUUUGCUUUUUCAAAGUGUUCAGAUUUAAAAAUGGUGCUAACUGUAGGAUCUAUAACAAGAUUAUAACCAAUGUUCUUUUGGAUGUUUAAGAUAUGCAUGACAUAUUUUGAUAAGUCUGUCAUUUUUACUGGCUUGAUUCACUCGUGCUUAUAAUGUUAGUGAGUGCACCAAUAUUAACACCCAAAAACCAUCUAAAUGGUCUAUGUUAUGCUUUUCAUGGUUCCUGAAUAGUGGUUUAAAGAAAGAUACACUUUUAUCUUUCUUCUUGUGCUAGAUAUUACAUGUCCUUAAAAACAAAUAUAUGCAUUAAAUAUAAGGCACUUAACAGUUAUGCAUUACUUUGUAUAUUUCUUAGGUAACUGAAUAUUUUAAUAUUAUUGAGGAAAACUAGAACUCGAUGUUUACUUGAUUAAUGAUUCAAAAUUCGAUUCUGCUUUUAUUAAAAAAGGAAUCUUUUAAAACAAAAUUGUUUGCUCUACCCAGCAACAGCUUAUUUAAAAGAAAUGGUUAACUUAUUUUAGUUUCGCAUGUAUUAGUGGCUGUCUCUUAGUCUCAAACACAUUAGCUUGCAUUUUACAAUGAUACUGGUAUUUGUGUUUGUGGUUUUGGUACUAUAGUCAUUUUGUUUUCAUUUCAUUUUUCCCCCUCCCACUAUCACUUUAUAUAUCCUCUGUGAGACCAGUGUAUAGUUUUUCCUAAGAAAAAUUCAUAUUGCAUUAAGUGCCAUAAUAUUCAAAACUAUUGUUAAGAAGCCAUUUGUAAUUAUAAACUAUAGGUUCAGUUGUUGACAUGUUAUUUCUUGAAAAUUAUAGCCAGCCAAUUUGAAGUUUUCCUUGUUCUUCCAUAAAUUACCAGUUGUAGAGUUGAGUAUAUACAAUGAAAUUGUAUAAAAUCAUCUUUCGUCAUAAAAGUAGUAUCAUGCUUUACAGAUAUUUGCACAGAUUGUAAAACUUUGCAAGUGAUUUUUAGUCUCUUCUAAUUUAGAACUCAACAGGAGCUACUAAUAAAGUCACCUGAGUAUUUCUAUGUUGCUUGUUUGAAUAACAUAAUAAUAUAUAGCAAUAACUUUUUCAUUGAUUUGAAUAAAUCUGUUGAAUAGAAAUAAGGUGCACUACUGUGGUUGGCCUAAACCUUAAAGAAAAGCAAUUUAAAAUAGAUUCCACCACGUACAAUGCUUGUUUUAAAUCCCCAACUGUUUCUAUGUUUAUAUCAGUCAAAGUGUCUUAGUCACUUUUGUUGUUGCUGGGGCAAAAUACUCACUACCCGCAAUUUAAGAGAGGGACUCACAGUCUGUAGAGGUUUCCCUCCAAUCAGCGGGCUCCAAUGGCAGAGAAGAGCUCUAACUCCUGGCUGGCAUGGUGGGAAGCUGAGAGGGAUCUAGGGAGGAGGGAAGGAGAUAGGUCCUUACAGGCCACUCCCCCAGUGACCCAUCUCUAAUCAGGCUUCACCUGGCAACAUCACAGCUGUAAACUCAGCAAUGAACUCAUGAAUAUUAAGCCCCUAUGAUCCGAUCACCUCCCAAAAGCCUUACCUAGGAGAACAGUAGGCUUUGGGAGGGGGCAUCUGGAUAGACACCAUAACACAAUUAUUAAAUACAUCUUAUACUAUCUUUAAUCCCCUUCUCCCAAAAGAUAGGAAUUUGAAAGACUGUAGAAAAUUAUUUUACUUGUAAACACAUCUGUGUUAUAUGAUGUUCUACUCAUGUUGUUUCCACUAUCAAAUUAGUAUAAAAUAUAUAAUCAUUUGGCAAAUUCUAUCGAAAGUAUGUAUCGAUGAUUGUUUUUUAAAAAUCUAAUUCUCAUCUUGGUGAAAAUUAAAUGUUAAAUAUCUUGGGCAAUAGUAGGAGCUAUGUACCGGUGAAAAAAUUAUGAAGACCUGUGAAGGUUAAAGGAAAAAAAAAACAUUUAAAAUUUAGAAACAUAUUUGUCAUAGGAUUGCUGUUGUACUGUUUAUAACAGCCUAACCUGCCAAUAUGACCUGACAGGUGAUAGGUUUAUUAUAGAUCCUUCUCUGACACACUUGUGAGAAUUUCAUUUGGAAGAUUUUGCUGACAAAUUGUGAAUUUAAAGCCACAUGAUUCUUAAUUUAAAAGGAUCUAAAUACUAUUAAUCCCCAGGUUUAAUGGUAUUAGAAAUGAUUGUACAUAUUCAGUCAAGGAUAAGAAUGCUAUUUUAAAUUGCCCUGAAAUAUUUUGGAAAAUAAUAGUAAGAGAAAUAGAAAUUAAAUCAAUUGCAAGAUAAUUACCUCCUAUAAUUAUGUUAUAAAGACAUAAUCUGUUAGGAAUGUUUAGCUAUUUAAUAUUAGUUUAACUGAUUUUUAAUAUAACCUGAAGGAUAUUUACAAGUUCCGUUUGUUAUUGCUAAGAUUGUUUUAUUUUAUUUUAUUUUUUUGGUACCGGGGAUUGAACUCGGGUCAUGAUUGUUUUAAAUAUAAAUGAAUAUUAAAUGAUAGGAAGUAGUAUCACGUGAUAGGAAGGUUUUGAAAUGCAUUUUGAUAGUUUGAUGCCUAUGGAUGGCCAACUAUACAUAUGAGCUACUAUAUCAGAUCCUGUGGUGGCUAGAAAUAGAAAUAUAUACACUCCUUUCACUCAAGAAUAAAAUACAAUGGAGGAAUUCUGUACCCCAGUAGCAACUAUGGUAAAGUAUGGAUCUAAUUCCUUAUUUCCAGCAUAGAAAGUGAGUAGAGACAUAGUUUACAUCUAAACAAUUAUUUAGUAUUCAAGUAAAUUUUAAUGACAUAAAAAAAUUUUGAAAAAUUUAGUGCUUAUAGAAUUCCACAUCUCCUCAAAUUGAAUAGUGUAUUUUCUAGAAGAAAAACAAAUGUACAGGGCAAAAACCAGCUAAAUCCUGGAGUAUCAAGCCUGUGGCUGACACUGAGGGAAACAUACAUAUAUCAUGCUGUGUUUGUUUUUGGUUUUGGUGUUGGAUUCCUAGUAUUGUCACCUAAGUGCUUAUUUUCAGGAAAAUCAGACUCUACAAUAAACUUAUUGCUUCAAGUUCAAGAAACUUGUGAUAACCUCAUAACCUCUGUAGUCAGAAAGUUAAAAAGUUAUGUCACAUGUCAAAUUAACAUCCAGUUCUUCUUAACUUUUUUCCCCACUUUGUGAACGGCAAUUUAGACAUGGUUUAAUUAGACAACAAUUCCGUGGCUGGAAAUAUAUUACAAUAUAUUGAUUCAGUGUUGAUACACAUUGGGGAAGACUGAGAAAUACAAUAAAUACAACAUGCUUUCAAUAUUAUAGGUUUACAAAUUUUCUUAGUGUGAAUAUGGAGUCAAAUAAACAUCCAGUUUACAUCUCUGCAGAGAGAAAAAUUGUUAUCCAUGUCUUUUUUAGCCUACAUAUUUAGAGAUAAUUUAUUGUUAAUUCUUGUCAUGUUAUCAUGUGUAAGGUCCCAUUUAUUUUAAAAUACUAAGCAAAAAGUUCCAAGUUUGCCUUAAAAUACAAGUGAAAUUAAAGAACUGGAUGAUAAUGCCUAUAUUUUUGCCUUAUGAAUUGUGCUGUAUCAUGAACCAGAGAUGGUUUUGAUUUUAACAGGAUUCUGAAAUUUUGUAGAUGUAGAGUACUAAUAUUUGUACUCUUGCAGAGAAUGUGAUCUAGUGAGUAAUGUUGAUGUUUAAAUGUUUUUGUAUCUAUAUUUUACCUCUGAAUAUGUACCUUUUUAGCAUCAGGGUUUUAUUUUACUUUUGUUUACACAGUAAAAUGGCAUUUAACUUGUUGAAAAUACUAUUCUUUUGUAUUUUAUUUUAAGUUUUUUUUGUGUGUAUAUAUUAUUGUGGUUAUGCUCUGUAAUGAUUAUGGUUGAAUUUCAUUUAAUGUGACAUGUUUAAAAUAAAAUUUAAAAU